AUGAGUAUAAAUUUGGUAGAGUUAGUAUCUGUUUGUUUAGAGCUUGCAGAGCAAUCAGGUGAUAUCAUUAGAAAUAUUUAUAGAUCUGGAUCAUUAGAUGUAAAAUAUAAAGGUGUAGAUGAUCCAGUUACUAUUGCAGAUAUCACAGUUCAGAAACAUAUAGUUGCAGGUCUGAGAUGUUAUUGGCCAGAGCUAAGAAUCAUUGGCGAGGAAGAGUUGCAAAUCGGUGAAACACCAACUGUUUUACCAUCACUCAAACGACUGGCGUCGUACGAUGCCAUCGAAGUUCCAUUGAGCGAGCUGAUAGUGUUUAUCGAUCCUCUCGACGCAACACGUGAAUUCACUCUUGGGAACGUUCAGUGUGUGAUGACACUGAUUGGAAUCAGUCGUCGCGGAUCACCGAUUGCCGGAGUGAUUCACCAGCCUUUCGUCGAUGUCGCUGGCGAUGCCUGUGAGAAUGCAGAGCAAUGGGUAGGCCGUUCGGUGUAUGGCAUCGUUGGCAUUCCAGUGGUGGGUGUGCGUGACCGUCGUCAACCGGAGGAUCGCGACAAGAUCAUCUUGGCAACGACAGCAUCGCACUACAACGAGCAAGUCGAUAGAGCAGUCCAACUAAUCAAACCAGACAAAGUUAUUCGUGCCGGUGGUGCAGGAUUCAAAGCACUGAUGGUCAUUGAGCGACUUGCCGACGUCUAUGUAUUCCCGACUGUCGGUAUGAAGUAUUGGGAUAUCUGUGCGCCACACGCCAUUCUCUCUGCGUGUGGAGGUCACCUAACAAAUCCAGCCGGUAACAAUAUCGAUUACUCUGAUCAAAAGAUUGAAAACAAAGAUGGUGUAAAAAUAAAAGAUAUCAAUGACGCAAAGACAAUGAAGAGAAGAUGA